GAAGAGCGUUUACUCGAUGACUGAAACGCUCACUAAAAAUGAGCUUCGAAGAUGCCUGCGACGGGGAAAACCGUGACAUUACGGAUGGGACAGGUUCCCGAGAAGCUUCAGAGCAUUCCUUGCCUUCUAAGCGUAGAAUCGCUCUCGUGCUGAGUUUCUUGUGUCUGGGAUGCCUUCUCCAGGGAGCGACUUACUCUCACGUGACGUCAUUCUUCAACAAGUAUGCGGUGCGGCACAAGUUUUUAUCGUCCACUCAAUACGGAAUCAUCAUGGGAUCGUACUGCCUCGUUUUCGUGAUCGUGACUCCAAUAGUUGCGAAAAUUGUGACUUCGAAACGUUUCGAGGAUAACUACGUUAUGUUCCUUGGGUGGGCAGUAGACGCUGUAUUCUGUAUAUUGACGUCGACCACGAGUCAUCUUAAGGAGGGAACUCACUUCUUUCUAGGGACCCUCACUUUACGCCUAUGCAGUGCAAUCGGCUGUGCGAUUGGUUUUUUCAUGCUGUACAUAGUGCUCGCGACUGAGAUGAACCAGAUCAAUCAUAUUGUGAUACCUUUGCUGGAAACAGUUUACGCCGUUUCCGUAAUGAUCGGACCAGCAUUCAGCGGUAUGCUCUAUGAUUACGGGGGCUAUCCACUCCCCUUUUGGGUUAUCGGGGGCAUUUUAUCGACUCUAACGGUGUCGGCUUUAUUAUUUUUCCCAAAACCUGUAGCAGUGAAACCUGAUCAAAAUGACGGAUGCAACCCGUCGGAGGGCCUAAUGCGGACUUUGGAGCUCCCGAUUAUCGUGAACGUACUGUGUGCGCUGAACGGCUUCGUUAUUAUUUCUUUCAACGAAUCGACGCUGGCCUUACAGCUCGAUUUGAAAUUCGGCAUGAGCACGUCAGAAUCGGGACGAAUGUUUUUCGCUGCAGGGAGCACGUACGCUUUCUCUAGUCUACUAUUCGGUUACAUCUCGAAGAGGAUCUCAGAUCCGCGCUAUCUUGUCAUCCUGGCUAACUCGAUUGCGAUCAUCGGCCUGAUUCUACAGGGACCGCUCAUCCCGAUCACACAGACGAAAAAUACCGUAAUCAUCGCUCAGAUGCUCUUGGGUUUCGGGCUGGGACCGACGUACGUCUGCUCGUUUCUGCAAGCGUUGAAGUAUCUCGACAGCGAGAGCAAAGACACCUACGCAGCGCUGUCGACAUUGUUCACACCGGCAACUUCGGUAGGAUGCACAAUAGGCCCUCUGAUGGCGGGACUCAUACUGGAGUAUUUUUCAUAUAAAACUGGGGUGAUGAUCAUUUCAGCGCAGCUUAUUUGCAUGAUGGGCUUUCUGAUCGCCACUGUGUUUUUCGCAACUCCAAGAAAGGUCGCGAAACCAGAACCACCCGUGAAACAGAUCUCAGUUUAG